AGCAGUAGCAGCAGCAGUAGCAGCGCCGCGGACGCGCAGUUUCUCUGAAUCUUAUUGCACUAUGAAACAGCUGUCAGCAGAGACUAUUCGUCUCCUUUCAAGUUCUCAGGUGAUUACAUCAGUUGUCAGUGUGGUGAAGGAGCUGAUAGAAAAUUCCUUGGAUGCCAAUGCCACAAAUAUUGAUAUUAAACUGGAGAAUUAUGGGUUUAACAAAAUAGAAGUAAGAGACAAUGGCAAUGGAAUCAAGGUAGCUGAUGUUCCAGUUAUGGCAAUUAAACACUACACCUCAAAAAUAAGCUCCUCUGAGGACCUUGAAAGGUUGACAACGUACGGUUUCCGCGGGGAAGCUUUGGGAUCAAUUUGCUGCAUAUCAGAGGUUUUGAUCACAACAAAGACAGCUGAUGAUGACUUCAGCACUCAGUAUGCUUUGGAUAGCAACGGGCAUAUAACUUCUAAAAAGCCUUCCCAUCUUGGGCAAGGUACUACAGUAACAGUCCUAAGGUUGUUUAAGAAUCUUCCUGUAAGAAAGCAGUUUUACUCAACAAAUAGAAAAUGUAAGGAAGAACUGAAAAAAGUCCAAGAUCUACUGACAGCAUAUGGUAUCAUAAAACCGGACCUGAGGAUAACCUUAACACAUAAUAAGGCAGUUAUUUGGCAGAAGACCAGGGUGUCAGAUCACAAAAUGGCCUGUAUGUCAGUUCUGGGAACAGCCGUUAUGGGCAGUAUGGUACCUUUUCAACACUGCUGUGAAGAUCCUGAGAUAAAUCUUUCUGGAUUUCUGCCAAAAGCUGAGUCAGACAGUUCUUUGACAAGCCUUUCAAGUUCAGAAAGGAGUUUCAUUUUUAUAAAUAAUCGUCCAGUUCAUCAGAAAGAAAUACUGAAGUUAAUUCGACAGUACUACAGUGUGGUGAUGCACAAGGACUGUACUCGUUUAUAUCCUGUUUUCUUUUUGAAUAUUACUGUACCUGCCUCUGCUGUGGAUGUGAAUUUAACACCUGAUAAAACUCAAGUUUUACUGCAUUAUAAGGAAUCUGUCUUACUUGCUGUUGAAAAUGUGUUGAAAUCACUGUAUGGGCCACUACCUGCUACCAUCCCUGGUGAAAGUAAUAAACCAGAUGUUACCUCAGAAGACAUGUUUGUUCAUAGAACAGAACCAACAGAUGUGGUUGUUAAUGAAAUGGGACCAUCUGGAAGCGAUGAUCUACAUGCUCAUACUUCAUUCCUUUCACUCAGCAGUGAUGUGCAAAACUGUCAAGCAGGAAGAAACACAGAGAUCUGCUUAAAUCAUCAGACGUUUUGUGGCGAUAAUGUACGUAGUCACCUGGACAAAAAAGAGGUUUCUGAGAGUGAUGCCUUUCUAGAGAGUUCCUUAAAUUUAGUGUGUGAGGAGGAACAGAAUGGAGAGAAUAUGACUGAUAUUCAAAGUAACAGUGUUCCUGUGGACCCCAAAUCUAAAAAAGCCAAUGAGCAUCUUUUGAGUUCUGAUAAUAUUGAUGAAAUAGAAAAAAAUGAGGAAGCCUUAGUACCUAAAGACUUACCUGAAAUCUCUGCUGAUAAUUGGAGUAUGGGAAGUGGAUUUAAAAACCAUCUAGGAGACAACCUGGAACCUGUUAAGAUUUUGAUUCCUGAAGUUGGAGGAACAAUUAAUAAGCAAAAUGAACAUAUUGGUGAACAAAGCAAUGAUCCACAAAUCUCAAAUCAAAGCAUAAAGAAAAGAAAUGUGAUAAGUGAUAAAUUUGGACAUUUGACAGCUUAUGACUUAAUUAGUAGUAGAAUAAUAAGGAAACCAAAGUCUGCAAUUGGAUUUUUCACUCAAGAAUGUCGUCCAAAAUUGAUAACUGAUAAUCCAAAGACCAGCAUGGAGGAUAUCCUGCUGAAAAUUGAAGAGCAGUGGAAGAAUUUGAAUGAAGAGGAAAAAAAGAAUUACGAAAUAAAAGCUGCUAAAGACCUGGAACGAUACAACAGAGAGGUCAAGAAAGCUAUGGGACAGACAGCGCACCGACCAACAAAGGAGGCAGAAAAACAGAAACCCAAGCUGAAGAUUUCCCCAUCUGACCAGCAGAAGCUUGACAAGAUAUUUCAUGCUCAAAUUGAAAAGAAACAGAAGCAUGAACAGCCUACGAAAAUUGUGACAGUGCCUUUUUCUCUGAGUUCCUGUAGACAUCAGCUUCAGAGACAUGAGAAAAAUGAUUCAGAUGAACACGAGCUUUUCCUGAUCCGUCGUCAGAGUUUUCCUGAUGUCUGGAUAUUUGCUACUGAAAAAAAACUAAUGUUGCUGAAUCCAUAUAGAUUGGAAGAAGCUCUGCUACGUAAAAGAUUACUGAUGAAUCAUAAGCUUCCAGUAGAGAAACUUGACAAUCCAGUUGUGUUAACGGACAGUCUUAUUGGUGGAUCUCAGUAUAUGGCUGCUCUUUAUAAAAUGCAGAAGGAUUACCAGAGUUUCAGUGGAUCAGGUUAUUUGUCAGAUCCAAGGCUUGUGGCAAAUGGAUUCCAGAUAAAAGUAAUCGAAGGUGCUUCAGCUACAGAAAGUCAUCUGGAAAUAGAAGGGAAGGCGAAUUGUCUGCCAUAUUAUGGUAUUUCUGAUUUGAAAGAAAUUCUGAAUGCAGUAGUUAAUGGAAAUGCAAAGGAAGUAUAUGAAUGUAGGCCUCUCAAAGUGAUAAAUUACUUGGAGGGAGAAGCAGUACGUUUAGCUCGGCAGCUGCCCUUACAUUUGUCAAGAGAAGAUGUACAAAACACAAUUUACAGGAUGAAGCAACAGCUUGGAAAGGAAAAUAAAGGCUGUGUUCAUGGUCGUCCUUUUUUUCAUCACUUAACAGAUAUUCCAGAAGCUGACAAGCAGAAUUCCAUGGAAAUUAUUCAGUAAAUGGAACAUGUUGUUUGGGAUCAUAUUUCUCUUGCUUAAUUUUGAUCAUUACUCUGUAAUUUCAGCAUGUUUUGUGCAAAGCUUUUGUAUAAUGACUUUUCAUUAUCAUGUGCUCGCCUCCUAGAGACUUUUUUUUUAAUUUAAAUUCAAAUGCUGCUUGAAAACUGGAAAUAAAUACUGUAGAGAAACAAUUCAUCACUAUUUUUUUUAAAGAAUUUAUUAAAGAAAUGUUCUCAACUGGUUUGAUGCUCUUCUUACUGCUGCAGGUUUAGAAAAUAUCAGUAUGCCAAAAUUUUUUAGAUGUGAAGUGGUUAGAAGUUGCUUUCAUCGGAGCCUGACAAACUUUAUUGUACUGAGGACAUGAGAUGUUAAUUUUCAAAGGAAUGCCAGGUAGCUGUAGGUAUUUAAAUGUGGCAUUGCCAUAUGCAGUUGUUAGUUACACGUUUAUGGUGAUGUAUUUCUAUUUGGAAACGUUUAACUUGCGUAAAUGAGUAUUGAAGUCCUAGUGUCCAAUCUCCAAAAAGCUUUUUUACACACUUGGAAAAGUGUGAUUCUUAAAUGUAUAGUACACUCUUAAAACUUUAGAUCAACAAAAACUGGCUAAUGACGUGAAAGAUGAAAGGAUCAGUCACAGGAGCACAGGUUAGCACUGAAAGCAGAUGCCAAUCCAUGUGUGUUGGUGCAAUGCUAUACACAAACUGUUUGGGGGUGGGAAACAUAAACUGUCCUCACUCAAGGAGAAUGUGGCAUAACUAGGGCAAAGUCUGCCAUACAGAGAGCUACUGAUUCUGGUAAACUUGUUCAUUCUCUUUCUACCAGAAUGUUUACUCCUCUAUCUCAAGUAGUAGCCUACUUCCGUAAAGCUACCCAAUUAUGCCUUCUUUGCAUAGCAGAUGCAAUGUCUCUGGAAGAGUAUGUUUUAAAAGUUUCAAGAAAGAUCACCUGAAAAUUCUGUCCAUCCCCAGUUGUUCUGUUGUUAGCAAAUCUUGGCACUAUGAAAAUGUGGUGGUAAGACCUAGCUUUGUAGUGUUUCUGUGGCUGGUAGGUAAAUGGUUGAAGGUUGCUGAAAGAACUGAGUGCAAGCUAGUUCGUGGACAGCAGUAUCGGACUAGACAAGCAAAUGUACAAUCUGAAAAUGUAAAUUACUGAUCUAGUGCUCUGUAUCAAACAGUGCUGAACUGGUGAACUAAGUUAAGAAAUCACAUCACAGCAAUACAUGACAACAUAUAAAUUCUAAACUGAAAGGCAAUGAUUAUGUUUUUAUGCCACUAAAGUAAGUUUAUCCUUUUCAUAAAGAGCUGGGAUGAUCAGAGGGCACAAGCAGGAUAUCUUUCCAAACUUAACCAGUGAGCAAGGCACAAGAUGAGAACGUCAGUGGAAAACUGGACACUUGUUGGCUGUAAAUGUCACUCGGUGCAGAAGAUGUGAAUUUUUAGAAUGGAAGUGAGAAGGUGGAUGGAGACACAGGAAGGAGACGUGACUCUUGGCUCUGAGGGGGAAACAGGAUCCCAGCCUUGCGGUGGAUGCAGAAGGUUAUAGUUUGUUUAUUUUUAUUCUUGUUUGGAUACAAACUGUGAGAGUUUAGAGAGUAGCCAUUACAGUGAGAAAAGCCAAAGGCAACCCGGAGAACUGAAAUUUAUCUCCAAACUAAGUUUGUCUGGACUUAAAUAAUGUGCGCCAGUUUUAGUCAGUUGCGAAUAUAACGUGUAGUCUUUAAUGAGAUUAAUAAUUGCUAGUUCUUUUCCAAAAGGUAAAGUAGCUUUAUCCUAAUUAUACUGGAGCAAAUGCUAGCAUCUUUGGGAAGACUAGAGUCAACACCAAGUGCUUUCAUAUAACAGUACCAUUGCAGAGGACAAGUUGUUUAAUAGGUAUUCAGGCCCUAGGUUGAGGAUAAAAAGUGAUUGGUAAAUUGGUACUCACAGGUGCCAAGGUGGGCUUAGUUGCUAUGGAAGAAAAUUAGUGUCAGGUAUUGCUGUGGGUGUGGGUGCACCAGGUUGGGCAGUUGGGAGCUGGGUCUUCUCUCCUUCCCUACUCCCCUCUCUCCUCUUCUCCUGGCUAGGUUUGCUGUCCUUUACCUCAGAGGGCUGCAGUGGAUUUCUUCUUUAGGUACACGUACGUACAGUUUGUUUUCUGUCUCUCUGGGAUAUUGGGGGUUGUUGUGUGGCUGGGUGCCAGCAGCGAGUGCUGUAGCACGGCUUUGGAGCUGUAAGUCUAGGUGUCUCCCCACCGUGGUACUCAUGGUUGGGAGUGCAAGUUGAAAUUGUGAGUUGCUCUGAUACCGUGCUGGUGGGAGAUGGCUUUAGAGAGGGUGAGUUUCUCCUUGCUUUAUCCAGUGUGGAUGGGAGGAAAUGUUACUUUGUGUUUCUAGAGGUGCUCUUCCUUUUUCUAGAGAUGCUUUUACUGAUGCCUCUGGUGAUGCAUCCAUUUUAUGUUCCUUAUUUAAACAAUAAAAGUACCCCAUUUCUGGAUUUACAAGUUUAAAAGAAGUCAAGUGGUGCACUUGAUUUAAUCGUUCUCAAAAAGGAAGGCACAUCAACUUACUGCUGUUGCAUCAGCACCUGGUGCCGCUCAGAUGCGUCAUUAGGUGACGAACCCCACGAGGUUCUCUGGAGAGCGUGCACAGGCUGCCUGUCCUUGCAGUCCCCAGCUCUAUGGGCUGUUUGAAAGGACAAGAAAACCUAAAAUGUGUAACGAUGAGUAGACUUGGUUACUGUUGUGCUUGACCUCUUAACUUGGAGGAAAAAAGAGUGGGGCAGGACCUGGUGGGUGCAUGUCCCAGCAGCGAGCGGACAGACUGCCGUGUCGGUGUAUCCCACACUGUGGACCCACGCAGUUCUUUCUACCGCAAGUGGCCAGGUCGGGGCAUUUCGGGGGACUUCUAGUAUUUGCACUGCCCUCUGCUGGCAUUUUCUUUUCGUACAAUUUUGACCACUGAAAAUGAUGGGUAGGCAGGUCUGAGGACCAUGAACGAGCACCAUUCCUUCCUUCCUUUCAGCCACCAGCAGGUCAAAGUGUUAUUGCUUGUGAUGCUUCUCAUGGUGUGCACGUUUGCGUUCCUAAAAUAUGCCUAGUGCAGGUAGCAGUGUUCCCUAAGUGAUAAUCAGGAGCUUUCCAGACUAAGGCAUGAUCUCGUAAUAAAACUUACAAAACCUUUUGGUUGUACGUAGCUUUGCGUUUUUCAGAGGAUCGUUUGUACAGUCAGUUUGGGCAGGUUCAUUUCUGGUGGUGUAUUUGCAGCUCCAGUGUCUGCCUUGCCCAAAAUCUGAAAAGUUGCAUAUUAUUUUAAUAGAAAACCAUUGAAUGUCAAUUUUCUUUUUAAAUACAGGAAAAUCUCAUUGAAAAAAGAAUUCUUUUUCCGUGCAUAUAAAUAUGGGUAUAAACAUGAAAUGGAGGUAGUGACUUUUACAUGUUUCUUUUCUGAAUGUACUAGGAAGCUUAAUAAUGAAGUUUCUGUUUCCUCUCAGUUAAGAAGUGUGUGUGUGUGAAGGGUUUUGGAGUAUUUCUGGGGGUUUUUUUGUUCCUUUGGUAUGAAUAGUAGCAAUUCAAAUAACAGCAAAAACAGUAGAAUGCUUGACUUAUAUCAGGAGCACUUAGAAGUCAUUGGCAACAGUAAAAUCUGUAUGAUGUAAUUUGUGAUUUGUUAAAAUGGAUACUUCUUAUGCAUUUCCAUAUUCUAAUAUGGAAUAUUUAAAAUAUCUAGCAAUAGAAUCAAUACUUCCAAGCAAUACUCUAGUUAGUUAUACAAGCACCCGUUCGUUCCUCGGUGUCAAUUUAUGCAUUUGGUUUCAUUCCUCCUCCUCCCCCCCUCCUCAUAUUUGUAUUACUUUCAUCAAAGUAAACAUCAAAGAGCAGGUGCUUAGGUUUUUGAAAGAGUUGUAAUAUUUGGUCUUCAGAGCUUGUUUUAUCUUCUGUAAAGCAGGUCUAGUUUUGGUUUCGUUAGGGGGGUCUGGUUUGGUUUUGUUAAACUUAUAAUUCGGAAUUACUUUUUUGUCUGCAAUAGCAAUAUUGAAAGAUUCUUGAAUGUUUUGUUUCUUUUAACAGCAUUUAACAGGCUGGGUUAGCAAUCGAAAGAAACUUGAGGUACAUCCAUUUAAUUUUGUAAAUGGAAAGCUACCACAAGUAGCUUUUAUUUUUUUCCUCUCUCUAAGUAUGGAGUAUGAUAUCUGAAAUUACGGAGAGUAUAAAUGUGGAAAUGUUAAAUCUUUUGUUAAUGGCUUCGAAUUAAGCACACAUUGUUGCAGAUGAUUUGGAGGACUUAUUUAAAGUAAAUAUACAAUUUCAAGCUCAAUUAUCAUUCAUAGUUUAACUGAACGUAGUGAGAUAUUAGGUCUGUGAAUUUGAUACAGUGUUACUUCAUAAUUACAAUGCUUUUUUUACAGUAAAUUUGAUAUAGAACAGUUGCUAAAGGAAAGCUGCUGAAUAGCGUGACCAACCAUUUUAUGGGACACAUCUGGUGCAUUAGUUCAGGAUGUGCACUGCAGAAGAACAGAGCCUUUUGCACAAAAUGAGAAGGAAGCUAACUCCACAUGUAUACGUUUUGUGGACAUGCGGAGAGGUUAAACAAUUACAAGUUAAUUGUGUAAGCUAAUAGGAGGGGUGUUCGUAAUGUCAUUUCAAAAUAGCUAAGGAGGAAAUGGAGGAGAAUUAUUGUUUUAAAAUCUCAGAUGAACAGUUUACACCUGUUAAUGUUACAUUUAGAACAGCUGUUUCUUUUAUUAUCAGUAAACAGAUGCAGAAAGUAAUGGAAUGUUUUAAAGCAAUAUGUUAAUCUUGUCUUCCACUACUGAACAUUCUUACAAUAUCAUGAUUAAAUAUUAACUGUAAUGCUGCUGUCAUAUGCAGUUACAGAAUUCUUACUUACUUUUUUUAAUCACUUUUGUAUCUGAAGUUGUAAAUGUUUAUCCAGAGUUAUUGCAGUCUUUCAUCAACCCAUCAUAAGUCUUUUUGCACAUCAGUAAUUUUAUUGAUGAUUUCAUUGGGCUGAAUUACUCAGCCAAAGUGACCCUGACUUUGGUUUUGCUGAAAAGUUAUUUCUGUAUUUGUAAUUUCCCCCUGAAAUGAAAUAAGCUAUAUUUAUAAGGGGAGAAAAAAAUUGCUCUUGGGGACCCAGGCUAACCCACAUUUUGUAUGAACUCCAUAUGAAGUUGUUUGGUAUGAUAGGUGAAGCUUUGCCAGAGCAUGCUCAGUUAGGUCCAGCACUGCAUAUUGGGAUAGUACCAAUGAGGUGGUACAGGAGAGGUUCUUGUUUAGUGCAUGGGAUUUUUUGUUUUAUGACAAUAAUUUUGAUCUUAGUUCAUUUAUUUUCUGUAUGUCUUAUGACAAAUGUUUUGUGGUACUAAGGUUUUGAAAUAAAGAACAGCUAUGGUUCUGACA